UUUCAGAGUAAAAUAUUUUAUCCUUUCAGAAGUAGCCAUAUUGUUUUUUCAUUAUCUUUCUAAAAUUACAGGCGGAUCAUGAUACCUACCAACCGUGACGUCAACCGGGGGCGGCGGAGAUUCAAACUGUUGGCGGUAAAGAUCAUGGAUGAAUAGGAAUAGUAUUUAAUUAGGAGAAAGCGGUGAAGGGGCGCCGAGAUUCAAAGUAGACUGCAAUUUGCGCAUUAAUUGGAGCCCGGAAUAGAAACGCACGGGGAUUCUAAUUAGUCGGAAAAUGUGGUCGAAGGAAUGCGCUUGCACAUGAAAACCGCCGUUCCAUUUCGACGUUUUCUUCCAGUUGAAGAGGGCAACGCGGCGACGGCGGCAACAAACGCGUGCGCAUUUCCACCGCCAAUGUAGUAAUCUAAAAUACGUUUUUAUCAACACAAUAUGGAAAUGUUUAAUAUUGUGGGAAGUACGCUCAAGAGCGACGCGCGUCUGUGAUAAGCUAAUUGUUUGGACGAUUUUUUGAUUCCUUUAUUUGGUCGUUUUAGUUUAUAUACUUUUUGGUAAAGACAAUCUGUGGCUGCCCAUCAGCUGCAGUUAAUUGAAGUGCCUGUUCUUGCUAGAAAUGGAUGAGUUAGUUUGCUCUGAGCAUUCAUCUGAAGAUCAGCCAACUGGUGAGAGGUGGGAUCCCCUGGGUGCUCCGAAUGACCAGCAUGAAGAGUUCAGCUUGUCGAAGAGGUUUGACAGUUUAUGCAGUGAUCACUCUUGUGUACACUUUGAGAGGUAUAAGAACUUGGAAGAGGAGCAGGAUCUGCUAAGUUCAUCUCUGUUUGCCUUAACAACGCACUUCGCUCAAGUGCAGCUGCGCUUGCACCAAAUCGUGGAGGCACCUAUCGAGGACAAAGAGGAGCUGCUGAAGUCGCUGGAGGAGUUCGCGUUCCGCGGAAUACCAGACAUCAGUUCAGUGAAAGAUAAAUUCAAUGAGACCAACUUGGGGGAGGCAGUGUUGCUGCGACGAGCGCAGCAGCAGGAGUUGAUUGAUAAACUAAAAGAUCAACUGCACGAAUUGGAGCAGUAUGCAUUCGAAAGCGGACAGGCAGGUGUACCGCAAGAUAUAAUAUUGGAGCGUCAAAGGGUGAUACUCAGGGAACUAAAGGAUAGGAUGAAUUUAGAGUUGGACGAGGACAUGUACCAUCAAUUAACGCCAGAAAACGUGAAGCAGCAGGUAGACGUGGCGCUCGGUCAGUUGGUAAAUCCGCUGAAGAUGAAGGAGCACCUAGUAACACAGCUGAAGACGCAAGUCGCUGAUCUCGAGCGUUUCAUCAGUUAUCUGCAAGCAGAUGCAAAGGGCGCCAAGUGCUCUUGUGGCUGCUCGCUGCAUACAGUCCAGAAGCAGUUUAAGAACGAUACCGCAGGAAUCGUGCAGAGAACCGCCGAGAUACUACAAAUGUUCGCCCUGCUGCAGCUCGGCUGCGGCACCCAGCGCUUUAAAAAGAACGAUCUUAAAAGAACCAUGAAGGUCAAUCAUUACGGGGAUUUGCGCGCGCGCUUGGAACUGUCUAUAGCACGGGUGAAAGAACUGAUCAAAGCCACGGAAUCGAACCCCUAUUCGCAGCAGGGCGAUUACUGCAGUGACAACGAAUCGCCGACUGUCCUGUGCAACGUCCAGGUGACAACCGCCGUGCGGAAGUACCUGGCUACAAGCAUCAGAGACCUAAUCCAGCACGGGGCCUUGGCGGUCGACCAGAAUCACAGUUUGGUGCCUUUUAUUGGAUGCUUCGCGCGCAGACCCAGUCAAAGCCACACUCUGGUGCAUGCUUGGGAGAUCAUCCUCAACUACUAUGAAUUGAAGAACGGAGAGCGCUUCAACGCGACGCCGGCCAGGAAGCUUUCUCAGAGUUUCAACCUGGAUAUAGCCGGCGCCUCCGCCACAUCCAACAAGCAAAAUAUGCUGUGCGCUAUAGGAAGCAUCAUAUCCACGCAUUCGCCUUACAAACGUAGCUACGACUCUCAUUUCAAAGCCUUUAUCUGUGCCGCAUUAAAUGCCAAUAAACUUGUUACCUGGUUAAGUUUGAUAUUCCAAUGCAGACAGCUGAUAAACAUGCACUAUCAGCCUUGGAGUUAUACCAUGAAAACAGGGUUCCAAGAUGGAUUACAAAGCUUGGAUACGUUAAGUAAAUACAAAUUCGACCUGCCCGUCGACUUGGCUAUUCGCCAGUUCCAGAAUAUCAAAGACGUAUUCACUUGA